AUGGAUCAGUUUAUUCCUAAUCUUCGUGACGAAACUGUCCAAACUGCCGUAAAAAAUUUGCUAACGUAUUCUUUGACAAUUAUCGUGGUCCCUCUAGGGUCUAUGUUCAUUUUAAAGAAAUUCUUUUUUGAAGGUCAGUUUCAUUCUAAGCGAAUUUUCACUUCGCCGAUUUGUUUCUUGUUUUCAACUAAUAUUUCAAUUUCAGUGCCAUUAGUUUACUUGGGCUUUGGAAAAGUUCUUGAGCCGCAUCUUUCUUAUCGUUUACUUCCUCAUUAUUUGCCGCUUGGUAAAAUUGGUGGUAAACCAGCUUGGUUGAAUCCUGUCAAUCUUCCAGCUUUUGAUUCUCUUCUUUGUCGGGUUUGCGGAAAGUCAAUGGCAUUUUUAUGUCAAGUAUAUGCAACGAAUCCAAAUGACCAUGACUACUCUUUUCAUCGCACUCUUUUUUUUUUCAUUUGUCGAAAUUCUCUUUGUUCACGGAAUCAAGAUAGCAGUAAUGCUCGAGCUUUUCGUUGCACUUUACCACGAUACAAUGAUUUCUAUCCUUCGGAUUCUCCUCCUGAUCCCGACUUUGAUGAGGAAUGUCCAGAUCCUUUUCGUAAUCAGAAUUAUUCUAAAUUAUGUGAGAUUUGUGGGUGCAGUGCAAUGAAGAAAUGUGCGCGUUGUGAGUCGGCAUGGUAUUGUGGUCGUGAGCAUCAAAUAAUUGAUUGGAAUUCAUCGCAUAAAUCCAAAUGUAAAAAAGUGGACAUCAAUGAACCGAAAAAGCCUGAAAACAUAGAGAAUGGCGAUAAUGAAAACUGGUUAAGAAAACCUAAACGAAGCGUUGCAGCAAAUCCAUUUGUUUUCCCUGAAUAUGCAAUUGAAAUGGGUACCGAACAUUUUUCAAGGAGCAAACAUAUUCUCAGUGAUGAUGAGGACGAUGAUGAUAGCGAUGAUGAUAGAGCGAAAAAGCGAAUGGAUGAUUACAAGGAGUAUCUCAAAAACUUUAAGGGUUCAUGCGAUAUGAAUAAAGGCGAUCUAGAAAUGGCAGAAAGUCCUAGUGAAAAAGACAUUGCAUUUAAGCGAUUUAAUAAGAUUGUAGCACUUAAUCCAGAACAAGUACUGCGUUAUAGUCGUGGUGGUGAGCCGCUCUUAGCAACUGAUCAUGCACUACCACCUCAUGCUAUUCCGCCUUGUUCUUUAUGUGGUUCUGAGCGUCAAUUCGAGCUUCAGCUUAUGCCUCAUCUUCUAUCACUUAUUGGUGUUGAUUGUAUCGGCAAAAGUAUUGACUGGGCUACUAUGAUGCUAUACACCUGCAAAAAUAAUUGUCAUAUUGCGAAUGAUGGUUACGCUGAGGAGUAUAUUUAUAAACAAGACUUUAAUUAA